AUGAGCAGUGAGAGUUCAGCAGGUCCUGAUGGUUUCAAUGGCAAGUUCUUUCAGGUAUGUUGGGACAUUAUAGAGGAUGAUAUUUAUGCUUUUGUCAAUGAAUUUUUCUUGGGAAAGAACCUCACCAAAUUUUAUACUCAUACUUGUUUGGCUCUGAUCCCUAAGAUAGACUCGCCUAAUAGCUUUUCUGAUCUCAGGCCUAUAAGUUUGAGCAACUUCUCUAACAAAAUCAUUUCCAAAAUUUUAGCCAAUAGAUUAAAUCCCUUACUUCCUGCUCUUAUAUCUGAGAACCAAAGUGGUUUGAUUUCUGGUAGACUUAUCACAGAUAAUGUGAUGUUGACACAAGAAAUUGUCCACAAUAUUUCAAAGAAUAACAAAAGGGGGAAUGUUGUUCUUAAGCUGGAUAUGGCUAAAGCCUAUGAUAGGCUGCAUGGUUUCUUCACUUCUUCUCAUGGUUUAAAAGAGGGAGACCCUAUUUCCCCUUCACUGUUUGUGCUAGUUGUUGAAGUUUUGUCAAGAUCACUCAAUAAUCUUCUUUUGAAUCCUAAUUUCAUCCCCUUCACCAUGAACAGAAAUGGACCCCAAAUUACUCACCUUGCUUAUGCUGAUGACAUUGUCAUCUUCAGUAGUGGGAACACCAAAUCUGUCAAACUGGUCAUGAAGCAAAUAGUCAAGUAUGAGAGGGUCUCUGGACAGUUGGUUAAUCCUGAUAAAAGUUGUUUUCUAACUUGUCCAAAAACUUGUGCUUAUAGAAUCAACAGAUUAAGAAAGUGUACUGGUUUCAUGGACAAAGAAUUCCCUUUUACUUACCUUGGGUGCCCCAUAUAUAUUGGAAAGAAGAAAAUUAGCUACUUUGAUAGUAUGGUGACUAAAGUUUUUAAAAGGCUAAAUGGUUGGCAAGGAAACAUGCUAUCUUGUGGGGGUAGACAGAUUCUAAUCAAAAGUGUGAUCCAAGCUCUUCCUACUUAUAUUCUCAGUGCCAUUAAUCCUCCAAAAAGAACUUUGGAACUUAUUGAAAAACAUAUGUGUAACUUUUUUUGGGGGACUGAUAAUGGUAAAAACAAGUACCACUGGUGUGAUUGGGAUAAGCUUUGUUUCCCCAAAGAUGAAUCUGGUAUUGUCAUCAGGAAUAUGAUGGAUAUCUCAAAUACUCUUGCUGUUAAGAGAUGGUGGAGAUUUAGAUCAAUGAAUUCACUGUGGGCUGAUUUUCUAAAGGCAAAAUAUUGCAUCAGAAAACAUCAUAUUGCUAAGAAAUGGGUUCCUGGUGACUCUCAGGCAUGGAAACAUUUGCUAUGGGCAAGAGACAAAAGUGAAAAGUGCAUUAACUGGAAAAUCAACUCUGGAGAUUGUAAUUUUUGGUGGGAUGACUGGACAGGAAUGGGCCCUUUAGCUCAAAUAUGUCCUGACUUCAUGAUUGGUAAUGGACAAAGGAUCAAGGUGAGAGAUUUUAUGAACAAUAAUAGGUGGAAUGUCCAGAAGCUCUACAACACCAUACCAGAUCACAUUGCUCUUUUCAUUAGGUCUGUUGGUAUUGGGGAUGUGAAUGACAGGGAUUAUGCAGUUUGGAAGGCUACUGAUAAUGGUCAAUAUUCAAAUAAAUUUGCUUGGACCAUUAUUAGAAGUCUUAGACAAAAAGCACCUUUGAUUACUAGGAUCUGGCACAAUGCAGUUCCCUUCAAGAUCUCUUUCCUUAGUUGGAGACUGUUACACAACAAACUACCUUUCAAAGAUGCUGUGGCUAAAUUCGGUAAACAAGGCUUCAAAGACUGUAUAUGUUGCAUCUCACCACAAGAUGAAACACCUCAACAUGCUUUAUUGAAGGAAACGUUGCUCAUCAUCUGUGGAACAAAAUUGGAGCCCCUUUGGGCUUUAAACAUCACAAUAUGCCUUUUAGAGGUUUACUUGAAGAAUGGUGGAAUAGAAAAGCCAAAAACAAGAUUUGGGGAACAAAAGAAGUUUGAUUUAUACAAGAUGGAAAUGCAAAUCACCUGGAACAUGAAAGCUGCAAUAACUGUUGCAUAUCCCAACAUCAAUGUAGAAGGCAACUGGUGUAACUGUUGUGAUAUGAUUGAAAAACUUAGCCCUGUGGUAAAAUGCAUCCCUGUAUGUUGGAGAAAACCAGAGAUGGGAUGGUUUAAACUUAACACUGAUGGCAGUUUUGUGGAUAUUACUAACAGUGCCGGUAUAGGUGGCAUUCUAAGAAAUGAGGAAGGGGAUCUAAUAAUGGCUUUUUCUAUCUCUGUGGACUGUGAGAGUCACAAUAUUGCAGAAGCAUUGGCUGCUGAGCAUGGCAUUAGAUGGUGCAUGAAUCAUGGCUUUGAUAAUGUGCAAAUUGAGCUAGACUCCCAAAUCAUAGUCAAGAUGUUGCUCAACAAAGAUACAGACAACUUGAAGCUCAAGCAGAUCAUCAACAACACAAAUGGCUUUCUUAAAGAUGCAACUGUGCAAAUUUCUCACUGUUACAGAGAGGCUAACAUGGUGGCUGAUUUCCUUGCUAAAAUGGCUUCAACAAGUAGAAGGAGGACCUUAUAUCUUUCUCAAAGGGAUUUACCAAGAGAAGUGAAGGGGCUAAUUCAACUUGAUAAGCAACAACUUCCUACUUUUAGAAGAAGAUUUGAAAAAUGUAACUUCUUUAAAAAGAAAGAAGUUAGGCCCCAAGGAGUUGGAGAAGAAUCAAAAAAGAGUAAUCGAGUGCAGGUUUUACUGCCUCAUGGUGGAGCUUUGCGGGUACCUGAUAGUAAGCACUUCCUAGAUUCAGCACUGAAAUCCUUUGGAUAUCAAACGGAAACUGUCAUUUAUGUUUCAUUAGUGAAUUCUGCUCAUAGUUCCAAAUCCAGAUGCUCCUGA